ACCGGGUCCAUUCGCCGGUCACCAGCCGAGUCCACCCUGCACAGCGCACCGGGAAGGAACCAACCGCCGGCUCUCCCUCUCCAGUCUCCACCGCCCUCCGCGCCGGACACGUCUCGAUCCAGAUCCAGCCAACUGCGCCUCUCUUCCUUCUCCCCUAGGCGGCGUCGUCGUCCUCACCCCAUCUGGACGCCACUGCCGUGGAGUGGAGAUCGUCCAUCUGGAAUUGGGCUGGUCGCUUCUUCCUUUGGUAAGCCCUGGCUUGCUUGGACGGAUCGUUCGUUCUGUUUCUGCAGAAUCUUUUCUCUACCGUCCUGGAUAGCUGAUUGAGGCGAGAACCCUAGCGAGAUGUUCUCCUUGUUCUAUGGUCUGUGGAACCACGUCUUCAGCAAGGCGGAGUUCCAUGUGCUUAUCCUGGGAGUGCAUAAGGCUGGGAAGACGACCUUUCUAGAAAAGUUGAAGUCGAUCUAUUUGAAGAGAGAAGGGCUCCCACAUGAUCGUAUUGUUCCAACAGUUGGGCUUAAUAUUGGACGUAUUGAAGAUGCAAAUGUGAAACUUGUUUUCUGGGAUCUUGGAGGUCAGCCUGGCCUACGAACAAUAUGGGAGAAAUAUUAUGAAGAGGCUCAUGCUAUAAUAUAUGUUAUCAACUCUGCUGCUGCAUCGUCGUUUGAAGAUGCCAAAUCUGCUCUUGAGAAAGUUCUUCGUCAUGAGGAUCUGCAAGGAGCGCCACUACUCAUAUUUGCAAACAAGCAGGAUUCACCAGCAGCUGUCACAGAGGAAGAAUUGGCUAGACAUCUGCAUCUUAAAGAGUUAGACGAAAGGCCAUACAUGUUCCUUGCUGGAUCUGCCUAUGAUGGGAAGGGGAUCAAACUUGGUGUGGACUGGUUGGUAGAAGAAAUGGAGAGGAGUAAACGCACGGAGGCACUGAGGGCACGUACAGAAGCAGCUGGGAAGAUUUAACACCUUAACCCAGGCGAUCACAUGUGAUUAUCCGGAGUGCAAGGCAUUUGAGGAGGAUUGCUCCUAUUAAUUCCGUGAAUAUACAUACCUGGCCUUCUCAAUGGCCAAGCCUCGUUUCAAUCAGCCCCAGAUUGGCCCCAGAAAAAUUUCCUUGGUUGUGCGACGCUUGCGGUUUUAUACUGCUUGUAGAAAGUCCGUGGUAGCAAUGGCAGAGAUGACUAUUCCUUCAGUUCAAUUGAUCUGCAAUGCACAUAAAAGUGUAUCAAAGGAUCUAAAGUCGUAGGGAUUCAUGUUAAUAUGAUUGUUAUUUUUUAUAUACUGAGAGCAACAGUGUGGAGCACAAAGAAGUUUUGUACAUCUGUCAUGUUCAUCUAAAGAGAGAGAGUUCCAUUGUACUUUAA